CUGAACCCCAUUCCGGUAGCACCCGUUUCCCACAAGGGAGGCAGCCUGCCUUCCCCGGACCCCGCCGCGAGGUGGAGGGGGACCCGCGGGGAGGGAGUCAGCGCAGGGACCCAGAGCCGGGCGACCCGCAGGUCCCGGCGGAAAGUUGGCAGCCACCGCCCCCCUCGCCCGCCUUCCUCCUGGACUCUCCACCCCUCUCCGGGCCACACGGCGGAGGCGGGGGGUUGGGGGAACUGGCCUCGUGUUUUGGAACAGCUGCAGCCGGCGUUGGGCCCGCCUGGAAUGCGGGAACAGGCUGCACACCAGGACUUUUAUGGAAACUUGCUGCUGGAGCCGGCGGCGGCCAGAGGGCUCGUAGCGGCUGGAGCGGCGGCGGCCGGAGCGCCAGGACCCCUGACCACACCCCGGCGCCCAGAGCCUGCCAGCGCGCACCCCGGACCUUCGCGUGUCGCCGGCUCGAGGCGGGUGCAAAAAAUUACAAAGCUUCAUAAUCACCCCAAGACCGCAUAGAGCAAACAUGAAUGAUAUUUCUCAAAAGGCUGAGAUUAAAGAAAUGCUUGCUUCUGAUGAUGAGGAAGAGGUAUCUUCUAAAGUAGAAAAGGCUUACGUCCCAAAGCUAACAGGAACUGUUAAAGGUAAAUUUGCUGAAAUGGAGAAACAAAGACAAGAGGAACAAAGGAAGAGAACAGAAGAGGAACGAAAACGCAGAAUUGAGCAGGAUAUGUUAGAAAAGAGGAAGAUACAACGUGAAUUAGCAAAAAGGGCUGAGCAGAUUGAGGACAUAAACAAUACGGGAACUGAAUCAGCAUCAGAGGAAGGAGAUGAUUCACUGCUUGUAACAGUGGUACCUGUCAAAUCACACAAAACAUCUGGAAAAAUGAAAAAGAAUUUCGAAGAUCUAGAAAAAGAACAAGAAGAAAAGGAAAGGGUCAAGUAUGAAGAAGAUAUAAGAUAUGAAGAACAACGUCGGUCUCUCAAGGAAGCAAAGUGUCUUUCAUUGGUCAUGGACGAUGAACUGGAAAGUGAGGCAAAGAAAGAGUCACUUUCUCCUGGAAAAUUGAAACUGACUUUUGAAGAAUUGGAAAGACAAAGACAAGAAAACCGAAGGAAGCAAGCUGAGGAGGAAGCAAGAAAACGUUUAGAAGAAGAGAGGCGUGCUUUUGAAGAAGCAAGGCGGCAAAUGGUAAAUGAAGAGGAGGAAAACCAAGACACAGAAAACAUUUUUAAAGGGUACCGCCCUGGUAAACUCAAACUCAGUUUUGAAGAAAUAGAAAGACAAAGGAGAGAAGAUGAAAAAAGGAAAGCAGAAGAAGAAGCCAGAAGAAGAAUAGAGGAAGAAAAGAAGGCAUUUGCUGAAGCAAGGAGAAGCAUGGUAGUAGAUGAUGACUCCCCAGAGAUGUAUAAAACAAUCUCUCAAGAAUCUCUUACACCUGGAAAACUAGAAAUUAAUUUUGAAGAAUUAUUAAAACAAAAAAUGGAAGAAGAAAGACGACGAACAGAGGAGGAACGGAAGCAUAAGCUAGAGAUGGAAAAACAGGAAUUUGAACAACUGAGACAAGAAAUGGGAGAGGAAGAAGAAGAAAAUGAAACCUUUGAACUGAGCAGGGAAUAUGAAGAAUUAAUCAAAUUGAAAAGGAGUGGCUCUAUUCAAGCUAAAAAUCUAAAAAGCAAGUUUGAAAAAAUUGGACAAUUGUCUGAAAAACAAAUACAGAAAAAGAUAGAAGAAGAACGAGCAAGAAGAAGAGCAAUUGAUCUUGAAAUUAAAGAGCGAGAAGCAGAAAACUUUCAUGAGGAAGAAGAUGUUGAUAUCAAGCCUGCAAAAAAAAGUGAGGCUCCAUUUACUCAUAAAGUGAAUAUGAAAGCUAGAUUUGAACGAAUGGCUAAGGCAAGAGAAGAAGAAGAACAAAGAAGAAUUGAAGAGCAAAAGUUAUUACGCAUGCAGUUUGAACAAAAGGAAAUUGAUGCAGCACUACAAAAGAAAAGAGAAGAGGAGGAAGAAGAAGAUUGUAGCAACAUGAAUGGCUCCACCAUUGAAGAUGAAGCACAAACCAGAUCAGGAGCUCCGUGGUUUAAGAAGCCUCUAAAAAACACAUCGGUUGUAGACAGUGAGCCAGUUAGAUUUACUGUUAAAGUAACAGGAGAACCCAAACCAGAAAUUACAUGGUGGUUUGAAGGAGAAAUAUUGCAGGAUGGAGAAGACUAUCAAUAUAUUGAAAGAGGAGAAACUUACUGUCUUUAUUUACCAGAAACUUUCCCAGAAGAUGAAGGAGAGUAUAUGUGUAAAGCAGUGAACAAUAAAGGCUCUGCAGCUAGUACCUGCAUUCUUACCAUUGAAAGUAAGAAUUAAUCACUCUUUGAAUCUAGAACUUUUAUUCUAUUUUAAAAUGUUUUCCUUUAAAAAAAAAAAUCACUUUUCUUCUCUCUUUUUUAGCUGACGACUACUAGGUCCCCUUCCCUCUCCCUGGAACACACACCCUCUCUCUCCGACUUUCUUACUGCAUCCAUCCUUUCUGUGGCGGGGCCA